AUGAGCUCCGCCAAGCCAGAAGACAUGAGUCACUCAGUCAACUUUUCAGAAGAAGAAAAGCCACUGGAUGGAAAAGACAAGGAAUCAGACAGUCACGACCUCCGACUGCUCCGUGCAUCAAAAAAUGGAUGGACCGAUUUGGUGAAGAUUCUCCUCAGCCAGAGCGAUAACCUUGAUUGCGGUCGAUACGAGUUAUUUGGACAUACGCCACUGACCUUUGCCGCCAGCAACGGGCACCAAGAGGUGGUCCGUCUUUUACUGAAACACGGAGCAGAGGUUGAUAAGAAGAAUGACUCUGUUCCUUGGGAUUCUAGCGGCUUUAAAUUCCAAAAUACAACACCUUUGCAGUGGGCCGCGGGGGAGGGGCAUGCAACAAUCGUGAGAAUUCUACUUGAGGCUGGAGCAGACCCAAAUGGUGGAGAAAUCAACGGCAAUCUUACCCCAUUAGCCGUGGCUGCCGUGCGUGGACAUGAGGAAACUGUCACAGUGUUAUUGGAGCAGCCUGAUAUCGAGUUUGAACGAAGAUGUUCCACUCAAAGCCGUCCUGUGCUAUCACACUGCGUCGAGGAUGGACAGGAAAACAUUGUUGCUCAAUUACUUGCCAAGGGAGCUGAUCCAAACUUGGAAGAGGAAGUCUCUGGUCGAACUCCCCUUCUCUGGGCUGCUGAAAAUGGGCAUACCACGAUCGUAUCUACCUUGCUAGCACAUGGUGCCGAUCUCAACCACGUGGAUAAAAGGCAUAGUGCCUUGAGACACGAUUCAGACGGAGGGCAAACGGCACUAUUUUACGCGGCUAAUCGAGGCCAUGGAGAUAUGGUUAAACUGUUGAUUCAGAAAGGGCUUGAUCCAAAUCAGCUUGACAAGGCAGGCUGGACUAGUCUUGGUUGGGCGAUCUUUCGAGGUCAUGUCUCUGCCGUCCAAGUCCUGCUGGAACAUGGAGCAGAUGCAGACAAAGGAAAAAUCUUGGGGAUGACACCGGUGAGGAAAUAUGUGAAAUUGAGCCUUGCGUGCGCAGGUGAACCUGCUCGCCCAGGAUUUGAAGAAAUCCAUGAAAUGAUCCAGAAGUUCUGUCCCGAAGAGAAGCCUCCUGGUUUCUUUGACCGCGUCCUUGCGAUGUGGAAAUGA